AGACAGUCAAACGUAUUAUUUAUAAACACAUCAGUGCACGCUAGACUCGCGAUCACUGUAUGCGUCGGCGCACACGAAACAUGUAGCGCGCGCGAAAAUAAUAACCUUUAAAUUAAAAAAUAUAAAUAUGUUUUAGAACGCUAGUGUUAAAAUCUCACGCAUUUUUUCUUCUUAAUUUAAUUCAUGAAAUUGUCAGUGAAUGUGAAAAGUAACGUUUUUGGACGCCAUCAUGUCUAACAGCUAUAACAUGAAGGAAUUUAGUUCGACGGCCGUUAUAACGGAAAAUGGCGUCUACCCGUCGAAUAUAUCAAUCAACACUAUGGGAAACAAAAUCAAGGAGAACGACGUGGAAAAAAGCGACUAUGAUCCCUUCAAGAAUAGAAAAUUGGAACACCCUAAUUCAGACAUGCGGUCGUUCGCGAAUCUCCUGAAAUCCUCCCUGGGAUCCGGUAUCCUCGCCAUGCCAGCAGCCUUCAAGAAUGCCGGAACGAUCGCAGGGAUAUUCGGCACCAUCAUACUAGGAUACAUCUGUACACAUUGCGUAUAUUUACUGGUAAAAACCUCACAAGAAGUAUCGCGAGUGAGUAAAGUGCCGUCACUAGGAUAUGCUGAGACCGUUGAAGCUGUGUUUGUAACCGGACCAAGACCUUUGAGGAAAAUGUCAAGAAUGGUGAGGAUAUUUAUAGAUUGGGCAAUGGCUUUUACCAUUCUUGGCGCCUGCGCAGUCUACGUCAUUUUACUGGUGGACUCGGUGAGGCAGAUAGUCGACCACUUCUUCCACGAUAACGGCAUGACUACGACUAUGUACUGCCUAAUGUUCCUGUUUCCGAUCCUGGCAUUUACCCAAAUCAAGAACUUGAAAUACUUGGCUCCAUUCUCUGGAUUUGCCAACGUCCUUCUGGUCCUGACCUUCCUAAUAUGCCUCUACUAUAUAUGUUUGGACUUCCCUGACCUGGAUAUCCGACCCAUGAGCGUUGAUAUCGGAAGACUACCCUUAUUCAUCGGUACAGUGAUCUUCGCGAUGGAAGGCAUCGGCGUGGUUCUACCCGUGGAGAACACUAUGGAUAAGCCGGAGCACUUCCUGGGGUGCCCUGGAGUGCUCAACAUCACCAUGACUGUGGUGGUCCUCCUCUAUAUGAUCAUGGGCUUCCUUGGCUACGUGCGCUACGGAGACGAGGCUAUGGGCAGCAUCACCCUCAAUUUACCCACCUCAGAAAUACCAGCUAUGAUGGCGAAGGUGUUCAUCGUUCUGGCUAUCUUCUUUACAUACACCCUGCAGUUCUACGUACCCAUGGAGAUCGUCUGGCGGAACACCAAGCAGUAUGUGGCACAGAAACACCACAACAUAGCGCAAGCAGUCAUGAGAGCUGUCUUUGCUACACUUACUGUGGCGGCGGCAGCGACUUUGCCUCGGCUGGAGCAAGUCAUAGGCCUCGAAGGAGCUUUCUUCUACUCUUUCCUGGGUCUAAUAGCUCCAUCCAUCAUCCAUCUCAUAUUCAGCUGGGAAAGAGGACUUGGAAAAUACAACUGGAUACUGUUUAAAGACAGUGCCCUCGCGAUAUUCGGAACUUUUGUCCUGGUAACAGGAGUGACGCAAAGUAUUCGAGAGAUUAUGUCCUUAUAACAAAAAGAACUACCAGUGAUCUAGUGUUAUGUAUAGAAUAGUUAGGUAUAGUACAAAAAUCUUUAAAAACCAAACUAGACUUUUAUAACCACCAUGAAAGUACUUAUGGUUACUGUACUGGUUGUAAUUUAACAUACCGUCUAUUCAGUUCAGAAUACUGUAUUUAUGUAUAAUUGUUACGUUGAUAAGAAUUUUAGAGUAUUUUAUUUAAGACUACAAAUAAAUUAUAUUUAAUUUGUU